GCCAUUCUUUACGUUUUUGUCUAGUCUCCAGACGUAUGGUUUGAGCACAGACGGUUUGAGCUUCAGCAGUUUGGUGAUUAAACGUUAAAGUGUUGUGAAUAGUUGUGCAGCACUUACAGUGCGUGAUUUUGAUUGCAUUAGAUUGAUUGUCUGACUUGUCUACGAUGACGCAUGAGCGUCUUUGAAAAAGAAAUUAAAUGUUUCAUCAGCACACUUCAAAUCUUAAGUCAUUACCUGGAAACAAAUCAUCCAGAAUCUCUCAGAUGUCAAAGGUUUCUUCGGAUGGCACCCGACGCCCUCGGACUCAAAAUGCUCUAACUUCUAGACAGAGUAGAGCCAGGUUUGAGGAGCCACAGUGUGUAACACUUAGUAGCGAUGAAGAUGAUGACUCCUUUCAGGAAACAAAAAAACUCAAAUGUGAUGGUACUCACAAAUCCUCUGAAAAAUUGGAUGAAAACCCUUCAAUUGUGAUUCAAGUACAGCCCAAUAUUAUAGAAAGUGAAGCUUCAAAGGGUGUCUCGAUGGAUUUGCCUGUUGAUACAGAAGAGAAUCUUGAAUCAAACGAUAUGCUCCUCUGGAAAGAAGGUGGAUUGAAUGGGCCUUUCUUUGCCGUAAACUGCCGAUCUGUUCGUAUUGGAUCAUAUAAGAUUGUUCCAGUGGGACGUGUGUUAUUCUCAUCCGAAGGAAUUAUGCUGCAAGCUCCAGUAUUUCACAACCACAACGGGCCAUCAGAAAAGAGUGCUGUUUGUGUCAAUGUAGUUAUCCCAAGUCAGCAACUAUUAAAAGUGGACGCUUAUUUCAGCCGAAAGCUUCAAGUCAUCUUCCUAAAUGUUGGUCCAAGCUGGUGUCGCCAGCUUUCAAAAAAAUUAGGGCUAUCCAAAAGUGGCCCAUAUUGGGAUUUUGCUAGCGAAGACGAAAAUAAAAAACGAUUGACACUUUUUCCCAAUGAUUUGGACGAUGCAGCGAAGAACGCAAUCAAACAAGUUUUCGUUUCUCAAGGUGUUUAUCACGAAAUUGAUCAUACCGAGGCCAGACGACUCUUGAUUAUUUCCUCCAGCCUCCAACCUCCAGAAAUUCGUGAUGCGCUUAAACGUCUCACCGCGAGCACUGCUGUAUCAGCAGAAGCGAGUGUUUCGACAACUGAAACGCAAGAUGUGAAUGGUGAUGGCAAAGAAGACUCGUACAAAGUUGAAUUACGUUACGUUGCCAAUACCGGUCACGGUGAAAUGAAUGUCAUCAAACAUAUGACGAACCUGUUUGUUCAGCAAUCAAACUGCGAUGUUCAGUUCUGUUUCAAAGGAAGCCGAAUAAAAGUUGGCGGGCACGCUACCAUCUUGGCAGCCAGAAGUCCCGUUUUUGCUGCCAUGUUCCAGCACGACAUGCAGGAGAAGAAGACGGGAAAAGUCGUGAUAAAAGACAUCAAGCCAAACAUUUUCAAUGACCUGCUUCACUACAUCUACUCCGGCCGGACUUCAGCCCCACUGAAUGAGAAGACUGCCCAGCUGAUGUUUAUGGCCGCCGACAAGUACAACAUCGACGACCUGAAAGAAUAUUGCGCCACUUUCAUUCUCUCCCAAAUUCAGGCGACCAACGCCCUCGACCUGUUGAUCUGGGCACACCUGAACUCGAUCGAGAAAAUCAAGGAAGCUUCUCUUAAUUUCGUGGCCGCCAACGGAAAAGUGAUUUUCAAAACGAGCGAGUGGGAGAAAAUUAUCACUGCCCACCCAGAUCUCUGUUUGUUAGUCACCCGACGAGUGUAAAGAAAGGUGGUUUGAAAAAUCUACGAACGUUACAUUUGUAGUUUAUUUUCAUUACACGUCGUAGGCCCACGCAAUUAACUAUUGUGAAACGAAUGCAUUUUUUUUUUACUAUUGGUUUUGAAUACAGACACUUUUCAAGAAA